AUGAAAGCCGUAGGGCACCCGGCGGGGCAGCUGGACGGCAGCUACCGUGUCACCACGUACCCAUCAUCCUCGUCAGCAUUCGGGUUGUCGGGCUCUCGGGCUACAAAGAAUGGCUCGCCACCAAAGCAGCCCGGCCCGAAAAGCCGGCUUGCCACUAUGCAGUCACGGCGGUCGUCUUCUGAGACCGAGAUGUCUAGCUUCACGACUCCGGAUACUUUUGGCAUCGGGUCCCCAAUGGCAGCAUACACGUAUCUGAAGGAUAUAGAUAAGGCAGGAUUUAUGACUCCGAAAUCGAGGUUCCUGGUGGAGACGGGGUGUCGUGACACCGUACCCGUGUUCAGAUCAAUCCUCACCUUCUCAAUGGACGCGUGUAUCAGAUCCAACCGCUCCAGCGUGUGCUCCACCGACAGUAUGUUGGGCGCCACCAUCACCACCGUGUCCCCACCGUCCUCGUCCCACGCGCUGAUCGCGUGCACCAUGUUGAACCCCGGCACCUCGAACCACCGCAUCCCCGACUCCCCGACCGCGUCCCUCCGCAGCACCCCUAUCCUCGGCACCUUCCCCGCGUCCGCCCCCACCGGCGAUCCCCCGCGCACCAUCCCCAGCAAAUCCAUCCCGAUCUGCAUCUCGUUGAAGAUCGCGUGCCUCUUUAAAGCUCGGGCUCGUCAUCGAGAAGAUAGGGACGUCCGCCCGCUUCUCGCCCCCAGCGCCCACUGCGAAAUAAGUCAGGAACGGUGGAAUCGGGCCGUAGCGGAAGGCGAAGGUUUCGCCCGUCUCCGGAUCCGUCUUCGGGUGGGCCGUCAUGCUCAUCGCAAGCUUCCCGCCAAAAUCGUGGCGUCCGAUUGUGUGGAUAUCGCCGGUGAGCGAGUCAACUCGGACCGCGUACGGAAGGUCCGAUUCGCCCAACGCGUAGAGGCGCCCGCCGAUCAUAGCGAGGCUGGUGUUCGCCACGCCGAUGCCGUUGGCCGGGUUGAAGUGGCCGGCGAGGAACCGGGCGGCGGCCAAGGCGCCGCGGGCGGCGGAGGCAGAGAGGCUGCUGAAGCCGGAGAAGACGUUGGGGACGAGUGGGGAGCCGGCCUCGCGCUCGGCCCGGUACUUGUACGUCUCGACGUAGCGGCUGCAGAGGGUGGCGCGGCCUCGAUGGAUGCGGACGGCGUGGAGCAUGCCGUCACCGUCGAAGAGGUG